AUGUCUUUUUUAAUAUUUUUUUGCGGUUUUUUUUUGUUUUUUUUACAGGUAUACAGUGACCAACCAUGUCUAAAAACUAUCAGAAAAAAGUGGGAGGGGUGUGCAUGCAGAAACUUUACCGAAGCUGACCUUAAAAAACCGAUGGCUUCCAUUAGAAAUGGCAUAGGUCCGGCAGCGGGUAGUAAAAGGUUCAAAAUUUCUCGGGGGACCUUUCAAAAUAAGUUGAAGGGCGAGCAUACGCGUUCUCUAGGUCAUCCGACGGUAUUUACACCUGCGCAGGGCCGCCGAGAGCCAGACCGGUCCCCGGGACAAUUGUCUACAUCGGGCCCUGUCACAAAAAAUAUUAACCAAAAACUUCGUUUAAAAAAAAAAAAGGUCCUCACCUCGAAAAUUAACUUUCUCCUUACAUCAAUUGCUUCUCCUUAA